UCAUCAUGAAGGCAGCACUGACCCUCCUGACUCUCUCCCUCCUUCAUGUCUGCUCCCCUGUUCCCAUCAGCCGCCCCACCAACUGGCUCAGACAAUGUCGCGCCUCCACCAACCUCUCCAUCACAGCGCUGGAGGUGCUGCCGGGCGGAGGCUGGGACAACCUCCGGAACAUGGACAUGGGUCGGGUCAUGAACCUCAGCUACUUCCAGUGCCAGACCAGCGAGGAUGGACUCUACCUGAUCCCAGAUGAGGUGUUUGUCAUCCCCAACAAGGAGACGGGCGUGGAGACGAACUCAGAGAUAAUCAGCUCCUGGAUGGAGCAGAAAAGCUCUACAUCUAACAGCAUAAAUGCAGACAUAUCUUUCCUGUCAUUGCUGAAUGGAAAAUUCUCUACAGAGAACAAGAGGAUGAAAACCCAUCAGGUCAAAGACUCUUCAACCACAACCAGAGUGCAAGUUCGUAACUUCAUCUACACAGUGAAGGCUUAUCCAGACUUCACUCUGGACACACGCUUUGCUCAACAAGCCAAAGAGAUUGCUGAUGCUAUUGAAAACAACCAAACAAGGAACGCAGACUAUCUCUCAGAGAAGAUGGUGCUGGACUACGGAACCCAUGUUAUCACUAGUGUUGAUGCCGGGGCUUCUUUGGUGCAGGAAGACUAUCUCCGUUCGUCAUAUGUGUCUGACAAUGUGUUAGAGAGUUCAACUGUCUCAGCUCAGGCAGGCUUAAACUUUUUUGACAAACUCAAGUUUGACAUAAGCAGUGAAAACACCCAACAGAGCUCAUCACUCAAAGCGUAUCAGACCAAUAUUACAUACUCUAUUACCCAGAGCCAUGGAGGCAUACCUUUCUAUCCUGGCAUCACUCUGCAGAAGUGGCAAGAAAGUACCAGGAACAACCUGGUUGCUAUUGAUCGGUCUGGAUUUCCCCUCCACUACUUUAUAAACACCAACACUUUCCCUGAUUUGCCGCAGCCUACAGUUGGCAAAGUGGCUGUUGCAUUGAGUCAGGCCAUAGAGCGAUACUACAGGAUCAACACGCGGCCUGGAUGUGUCGACGUCAACUCCAAGAACUUUAACUUCCAGGCCAACAUUGAUGAUUCCUCCUGCGAGGGCCCUGCUACAAACCUCAGUUUUGGUGGUGUCUACCAAGUAUGUACUCCUCUCAGCUCAGAUGCAGGUCCACUAUGUGAUGCCCUGGCCCAGAAAAACCCUGACACAGGCGACUUCUCCUGUCGUUCACCUUACUCGGCCACUUUACUCAGAUCAGAAGCAAGACAGCAGGGUUACACUUCCUAUGAUUGUCAUGACGAAAGAUAUCGUUGUGGGUUUUUGGGGCUAUCACAUUGCCAUCGUCAAGUGUGCCAGGACAACUACCAUGUUCGCUCUGCUCGCAUCGACACUUACUGGUGCUCUGUCAGUGGAGAGGCCCCAGAAAACUCAGGGUUUCUGUUUGGAGGCAUAUACAGCCCCUCUCUCCUGAACCCCCUCACCAACACCAAAAGCUGCCCCCCAAACUUCAUCCCAGAAAAGUUUCUCUCAGAUGGCCAAGUGAUCUGCGUGAGCAACGACUAUGAAACUGGCACCAGAUUUUCAGUACCAUUCGGAGGUCUCUUCAGUUGUCAGUCAAACAACCCGCUGGCAGGGAAUCAACGUCGCUGCCCUCCCAAGUUCAGUCAGCACCUCGCUACAGUGAGCGACGGCUGUGAAGUUCUUUACUGUGUCCAGUCAGGACUGUUCACAGGUGGGCAACUGCUUCCAGUCCGUCUGCCUCCUUUCACUAAACCCCCACUUGUCAGCAUGCAGGCCACAAACACGGUUAUGGUCAUGACUGAGGGAGACAAGAACUGGGUCAGAGUGGGGCGGACCAAGGCGUGGAAACUGGCAAAACCAGAGGAAAUUGAGGCGAUGGUACGGAAGAUUAACCCAGAAUUGAAUCAGAUGACAGGUGGUGAAAAGGCAGGGGUAGCCUUUGGGGUAAUGGGUAUGAUGGUACUGGUCAUAGUGGCAGUAAUUGUGGUGAGGAGAAGGAGGAGGCUGUCUGGGUUUAGGACAGUGAGAGGCUAUGAAGAAAUACGUGAGGAGGUUGAGCAUGGUGAAGGAGAGAGGGAGACACAUCAAGGUGAGGCUUAGAGGCUUGGCACGCAGAGACAGGUUAAUCUGGUGUGACAGAUUUUGUUUUUAACUUCCUUGUUCAUUAUCACAUCAGAAAUCACUGUGACACAACUUACAGGAGUGGGAAUUUUUCACUUUUAAGGGCUCGGAGUUUGAAUCAGUUGGACUUUGCAUCAGUAAUUAUUGUUUUGAGGUGUCUUUGUAACCAAAUAAUAAUUUACAUAGCCACAUUUUAACAGCUGCUAUGGAUGAUAAAUGCUAUAGCUUCAACAAUCCGUUUAUUGGUAGUAAUUUUUCCUGAUAGCAUUUGCACUUAGUGAUGUUGCUUUGUAUUUUGCACAUUAAAACCUGCUCAUAUUAUGUCAAAUCUAAGAAAUGUGACUCCAGAGCAAUCUGUCUUUGAGAUAACCACAUAGCACAAAGCAGAGGUACUUCCAAAGGCCACAGUGAACCAAUGCUGCCCUCAUGAGUCCAAGAUGCAUUAAAUCAUGUAUAUAAACAUUUUAUACUCCAUUUAAGAACUUGUAUGAUUUGCAUAACUUUGUACAUUGUAUCGUUCAUAAAAUAUGUUGUUUAUGAUUGUUUUUACAGAUAAUUGAUGAACGUUUUGUGAAGCUUUUAGGAAGAUUUAUUAAGUUUUGUAAUUUUUUGUAUCAUGCAGCUCUUCUGCACUGCACCUAACUACUAAUUAAAGUGGCAUAAAACAAUA